UGCGUGCUUCGACACAGCCGGUAUCUGCAUGGGAGCAGGAGGAUCAGGAGGCUGCAGCCUGGUUCGCCGCCCCCCUCAGGAACGGAGACGACGACCGGCGAGAUCACCAUAGCGUCGGUCCGACGGGAGGAACAAGAUGCGUGUCAUGUUCUGUUGCAGGUCGUACCUGUACGUGUCCAUGGUCCCGCUGGACAGUACAAGGACACACUGGCGCUUCUCGACCCUGGGGCACAGACGUCGCUCUGCAAUGCGUCUGUCCUAGACGAGCUUCAAGUUGAAGGCGAGGUUCAGCCGGUUCGACUGAGCAACGUAGAAGCUGCGGGCCGUGAGAGGCUGUCCAGGCGGACGACUCUUGAACUGUCACCACUGGCAAGCACUGAAGAUCCGUCGAAGAGGAUUUUAGUGCCAGAGAUCUUCUCCGUGGACAGGGUCAACGUAAGAACUCCCACAAUCCGAGGCAAGAACGUGUCGAAGUUCAAGCACCUGGAAGGACUGAAGAUUCCAGACAUCUCCAGUGGCACGGUCGAGGUGCUACUGGGAGCCAACGUGCUCGAAGCGGUACUCCAGCGCGAGGCGCGUGUCGGUGCACCAGGAGAGCCUGUGGCCAUCCGAACGGCUUUUGGAUGGUCCUUGACUGGUUCACUGACUGGUGUAGUGCCUGAGCAUGUUCGGGAGGUUAUGUUUGUGUCCACGCUUCGUGGUCAAGAACAGCAUGAUCUGUCGGACUGGUGGACUACAGAAUCCUUCGGGACACGUGCCACCGAGCCCACGCUGACACCCGAUGAGAAGAGGGCGAUGGACAUCCUGGAGAAGACUACUCAACACCGAGGAGACAAGUAUGAAGUUGGCCUGCUAUGGCGAGACGAAGAGGCCGAGCUCCCGGACAACUACACGAUGGCGCACAGCAGGCUCAGGUCUCUGGAGCGCAACCUGGCGAAGAACCCAGAGAGAGCGGAAGCGUACAGAGAAGUGCUUGAGGGCUACGUACAACAAGGGUACGCGCGGAAGCUGACAGCUGAAGAGAGUCGAGUAAAGGAGAAGAAACGUUGGAUUCUGCCUCACCACGCCGUGACACACCCAGAGAAGGUGAAGCCGCGCGUCGUGUUUGACGCGGCCGCCCAGUUUCAGGGUACCUCCCUGAACAGCGAGCUGUUGAAAGGUCCUGACCUCUUACAGAACCUGCAUGGGGUCCUCUUGCGUUUCAGGCAGGAGCGGUACGCACUGGUGGCAGACGUCUUCCAGAUGUUCCACCAGAUCCAAGUGCGGACGACGGACCAGCCAGCUCUGUCGUUUCUUUGGCGUGAGAUGCAGACGUCGAGGCCACCGGACAUCUACCAGAUGUUAGUGGUGAUCUUCGGCGCGAAGUGUAGUCCGUGCAUCGCCAACUACAUCCUGCGCCGAACGCUCGUUGAGGACAAAGAAGCAGAGAGACAGGGAGGUCAUCCGACGCUGCUCGCCAACUUCUACGUCGACGACUUUCUCCGAGCGGAGGAAACCCCGGAAGCAGCUCUGGCAACGAUGGAGAAAGUGACAGCGCUGAUGUCUCGCGGAGGAUUCCGACUAACGAAGUGGAGAUCGAGUCACCCCGAACUUCUGGAGAGCAUACCGGAAGAUGAUCGAGACGCAUCACAGAAGCAGCUGGUGUCAUGUGAAGGCGGAACACGGAAGGCGCUGGGCUGCGUGUGGUCUCCAGAGGAGGACACGCUAGGAAUUCAAGUGCGUGCCGCUGAUGUUCCAGCAACGAAGCGAGGUGUAGUGAAGAUGGCGGCGUCGAUCUUCGAUCCCCUCGGUUUCAUCUCGCCUGUCAUGCUGGAAGCAAAGAUUCUGAUCCAGAAGUUGUGGAUGCUCAAGCUUGACUGGGAUGAAGCGUUUUCAGGCUCUGAGCUGGCCAUCUGGCGAAGUUGGCUGUUGGAGCUGAGUGAAGCGGAAGCUAUCAGAGUUCCAAGAUGCCUGAAGACGUCCAUCACGAAGGAAGUCAAGAACAUGCAGCUACAUUUGUUCUCAGAUGCGUCCGAGAACGCGUUUGGUGCAGUGGCAUACGUCCGGAUGACGGACGCCGACGGACACCACACAGUCAGCAUGAUCAUGUCACGGACUCGAGUGGCGCCGCUCAAGCAGCUCUCGAUAGUCCGUCUUGAGCUUCAGGCCGCCGUGCUGGCCACGCGACUGGCCAGGACGAUUCAAGAGGAGUUGACGUACGUGUUUGAUGAUGUGCUAUUCUGGUCGGACAGCCAGGUCGUCUUGCAGUUCGUGACCAAUGAAAGCCGGUUGUUUCAGACGUUUGUGGCCAAUAGGGUGGCCGAGAUCCGGGACUCUACGUCGCCAUAUCAAUGGAGACACGUGCCCGGGACGCAGAACCCGGCGGAUAUCUGUUCCAGAGGACGAUCGGCAUCGCAACUGAAGGAUUCGGUCCUGUGGUGGAGCGGACCGGCAUUCCUCUGCCAGGAUCAAAGUAUCUGGCCGCACUUGGAGACGGGAAGCUUGUCUCCUGACGAGCCUGAGCUGAAGAAAGCAAAGAAGACGACGGUGACGCCUGUCGUGGGACUGGUCUGCGGACCAGAUGCCAACGAUGUACCUCCACUGCUGGUGGAUCCAGCACGCUUCUCAUCGUGGAACAAGUACCGGCGCGUUGUGACCUGGAUCUACCGAUUUAUCAACAACGUGAGAGAGCCUGACAAGAAGACGCGUGGCUCCCUGACAGCGCAAGAGCUGCUACAGUCAGAACAUCGGAUCAUUCGCCAGGACCAGAAGGCGGUGAAGCUGGCGCCUCAGCCCGGUCUGUCCCUGUACGAGGACGACCAGGGCCUCCUGAGGGUGAGAGGACGCCUGACGAACGCGCCGGCAGAGAUGUGCCGUGAGCCGAUCGUACUCGAUCCAAACAGUGAAGUCACCCGACUGAUCGUGACCGAUGCGCACGAGCGGUGCAUGCAUGCUGGUGUAAACCACACACUGAACAUCCUGAAGGAGAGGUUCUGGAUGCCGAAAGCCAGAGCCACAGUGAAGAAAUGGAUCUGGCGGUGUGCGCACUGCCGGAACAGACGGGCCACUACCCUGUGCCCCAAGAUGGCUGAUCUCCCGAGUGAGAGAUUCGACAUCUCCCGACCGUUCUCGUCGGUGGGCUUGGACUUUCUUGGACCACUCCAGGUCAGAAAGUUCAGAAAAACCGAGAAGCGGUACAUUCUCCUGGUGACCUGUUUGGCCACCAGAGCCGUCCACCUCGAGAUCGCUGAAGGUUUAGAUACCGAUUCGUUUCUGAUGGCACUGCGUCGCUUUAUUGCACGACGGGGAAGACCAGCCAGGAUCUGGUCCGACAACGGGACGAAUCUCGUAGGUGGUGAGAGGGAACUGAGAGAAGCCAUCUCCGAGUGGAACCAACAACAGAUCUGUGACGCGCUGACCCAGAAGAAUAUCCAGUGGCGAUUUAAUCCCCCGACCGCCAGCCACAUGGGCGGUGCGUGGGAGCGUCUUGUGGCUUCAGUGAAGAAGGCUCUCCGGUCCGUUCUGGGCAACCAGGUCGUUUCUGACGACGUCCUGCACACCACCGUCCUGGAAGUGGAGUUCCAGGUUAACUCCAGGCCCCUCACUUAUGUCUCUGGCCAUGGAGGGGACCCCGAAGCAUUAACGCCGAACCAUUUCCUGUUGGGGGUUGUGCCGAGCAGUUCUGUCUUCCCUCCGGGAGUCUUCGGAGAAGAUGACACGAUGUCCAGGAAGCGCUGGAGACAAAGUCAAGCACUGGCCAGUCAAGUAUGGCGCAGGUGGCUCAGAGAGUACGUGCCAACCCUCAUCUCCAGGAGGAAGUGGAACAGGGAGCAGAGGAACCUCGCUGUGAACGAUGUUGUGCUGCUGGCCGCAGAUGACACCCCGAGGGGAUACUGGCCUCUGGGUGUAGUUGAAGAAGUGUACAAAAGUGGAGACGGUACAGUGCGUUCAGCGCUGGUGCGUACUGCCUCAGGAUCAUACAAGCGCCCAUGUACCAAGAUAUGUCUCCUGGAGGGAGAGGCGCCUCUGAGCUGAAGGCCAAGAAGAGAACGGCAGUCGCCGAUGUCCAGCAGAUGAACGCUUUGCUGGAGAAUGAUGUUUAUUCUGUUAUUGUACUCGCCAUGUUUUUAUUUCAUUUAUUUGUGUUGAUUUAUUUUUGUCCGUUUUUUCCUAUUCUUAACCCUGUGAUCGUCCCUCCUCUGGUUGUCCUAGUGUCCUAACGUCGCAGCCAUCGACGAGCGGCGGUGGCACCCCGAGGACGGACGACGACACGCCGCUGGGGGUACAGCGGCGUUCCGAGGGACGACACGCCGCUGGGAGUACAGCGGCGCUCUGAUGACGACACGUCGCUGGCAGUGCAGCGAUUCCAGCGCGUGGACGCAAGAUGCCGGCGGCGGGGGGCCCGCCGCUGCUGGCCGCGGCGGACUCAGCGCGCUGGCGGGGACUGACUCGCCGGUGGUCGCGACACACGAGCGCGGCUAGCCGGCAACGAGAGCGGCGGGCGGCGCGCGCCUGAGACAUGCGGCUUCGGAGCGGUGGGUGCGCCGCGAGCGACUGCUCCUGGUCCGGCCGUUAUUUGGAGCGGCCCGCGUCGUGCUGAGCGGCGUCUGGCAGCCCUGAUAGUGAUUCGUGUUGUGCGCGGUCCGCGUUGUUCGGCCCGCUCCGGACACUGAGUGUGGUCCGAGGUGACAUAAAGACAACGUGCUCGUCUGUGAAGGUGAUAUUUUGGUUGCGCCGUGAUUGUGAGGCGCUCUAAGCGAUAGUUACUGCCAUCGGUACGCGGGUUUGCUGCGCUGUUCGUACAGUUCGUACGGUGGAUGAUAGAUACUGGUCUCCAGUGAUACGUGCCUCAGGAAGUUCAGGGAGUUUUCCUCCGAAAACUGGGGGGAGGAUGUUGUGACUUGUUUUGAUUUAGUUGCGGCGAUCGGACGAGUACCUCACAAAAAUAGGCGUUUGCGGCGAACCCCGAUGCGGUGAUUGUAUCAGCGACAUUUUGCCACGAGGGAGUUGCCGAGAAUGAGCCGGCACUGAUCUAUUUGUGUGAAAUGAAAGGUGAAAGCUGAGCGUGAUCCAGCUGAGGCACCAGACGGGAGCCAGUCGAGUGUGAGCCGACUGGCCACUUGUCUCACCGCUGCGCCAAAACACAUCUGGUCAGUAAUUACUAUCUUUAUUUGUAACAGAACAAAUGCCAGUUGUAACUUGUCAUUUCUGCUGAUUGAAUUUAUGUGCAUCUGGCAAAUGUGCAUUUGUAUCCGCAUUUCAUAGAAUGUGUGAACUGUCCGCAUCAAUGUCCGCAUUUGACCCUUGGUUAUGUUGUAUGUGUGAUUAUUGGUUGUUCUUUUGCAGAAAACCACUCUUUGGACACUUUCUGCACACCUAUGCUCUGGCUUGCUAUCAUGUUCCACAAUACCAUGUCUUUCCUAUGUA